CGUCAUUUUUCCAUUUUAGCCAACCAUGGCGGCCAAGUUCUCCAUGGCCAACACCUCCGGGCUGUUCGACUCGGCAGCUCAUGUGGAAGCUUCGGACCGGAUGCAGGGUGCGAUGGAGGAGCUCAAGGUGAAGAACGAGCGACAAGAGAAGAUCCGUGCGCAACAGCAGGAGCAGCAGGAGAAGGAGGAGAAGCAACGCGCGCGUCGAGUUGAAGAGGCGCUGGCAGCCAAGGCUCUGCAACAAAAGGAGGAUGGCUCUUAUAUUAAAGGGAAACAAACGGAAGAGGAGCUGGACUCGGACGACGAGGCCAUGCUGGCCGAACUGGAUGAAGAUCCCGAGCUAGAACGGAUACGAGCCGCCAGAUUGAAGCAGUUGAAGCACGAGUUCGAGGAGAAGCAGUCGCUGAUGGCUAAAGGCCAUGGCGAGUACCGUGAGAUCACCCAGGACGAGUUUCUAAAGGAAGUGACUGGCAGUCCGUUGGUGGCUGUACAUUUCUAUCAUCGCGACUUUGAGCGCUGCAAGAUUAUGGACAUGCAUAUGUCAAAGCUAGCGCGUAGUCAUAUUGAGUGCAAGUUUCUCAAGUUGAACGCCGAGAAAGCCCCGUUUUUUGUCGAAAAGCUAGUGAUUCGAGUGUUGCCCACAGUCGUGUGUUUCAAGGACGGCGUGGCGUUCCCCGAGCGGGUUAUUGGGUUCGAUGGACUCACAGAGGACGACGAAGAAGCCGAACUCGCAAACUUCGGGAGUCGUGCCAACCACCACGCAACGUCGAGCGACAACUUUCCCACCGCUGCCCUCGCUCGCAAAAUGGUGGAGAUUGGCGCUAUUCGAGAGAAGGACGAAGGUGACGAAGAGUAGAACAGCUAGCAGUAUCUACAAUGGAUCCAGUAUGACAUCAAGGCCAAAGGCAUUUCCUUAGCCCUAUUUUUUUUUCAUUUUUUUUACUCUUUUAUUAUGAAAAUCCACUUAGGCCUUUUGGGACGAGUCUCGACAAUAGUGAUCUAUUGUAUCAGAAGGUGGUG